CUUCUUUCAAGCCUUCUUCGUAUUUCUCAAAACGCUGUUAGUGGGAAACUUGAUGAGUUUAAAUUUUACGCGGUCACCUCGGAGGAAAUACGACAGAUUGUUAAUCAUUUUUCACCAAAUAAAGCACCUAGUUGGGAUAAAGUUACGGUAAAUCUUAUUAAGGAUUCGUUAACCUCUAUUCUUUCUAUAAUUACAGAUUUAGUUAACAGUUCCCUCCUGAUUUCUGUUUUUCCAACAGCGUGGAAAAGAUCUGAGGUCACCCCUGUAUUGAAGGAAGGAGACUACCCAGUGGCUGAUGACAAUCGCCCCAUUUCGCUGUUGCCGGUACUCUCAAAGGUGUGUGAACGGGUGGCUCUCAAGCAAAUGAAUGAUUAUAUGGAAAGUAGAAAACUCCUAACAAAUCAUCAAAGUGGGAACCGUAAACUUCAUUCAACGGAAACUUUAAAUACUUUCCUAGCGGAUAUAUAUCUGGACGCUUUUGAUAAAAAAACUGUUACUGCUGUCAUACGUUUGGACCUGUCAAAGGCGUUCGAUAGUUUGAACCAUCCUUUGCUCUUAAGAAAGCUCUAUUUAUUUGGAAUUUCGAAACACGCUCUUGAGUGGUUUAAAAGCUAUUUGACUGGCAGGAUCCAGUCAGUAAGGAUUGAUAGUGAAUUGUCCGAACCACGUGAAAUAACGCACGGUGUGCCACAGGGGUCAAUAUUGAGUCCAGCACUAUUUAAUAUUUACAUUAACGAUAUACAUGAUGUUCCCAAUACGUGCUUACUCGAGUCAUUCGUUGAUGAUUCCAAGUCGUUUUUGUCUUUCGCAGUGAAGGACGUGCAAAGUGCUGAAAUCCAGUGGAAUGAGGACUUGCAAAGAAUUGCUGCCUGGAGCUGCAAAACAGUCAAUUGA